AAGUAUUUUAUUUACUAGCCAGUUAGUUGUGUGUCUGGCCAAGAAUUGCAAAGGUCCUGGAAACAGGAAAAAAUAUUUUUUCGUUUUUUUUUCGGUUGUGGUUUUGGUUGAAGUUUUCAAAAUGGGAGUGUUGUAUCAGAUUCUUGGCACGUUUAUGAUAAGCACCAUGGGUGUGAACAUGGGCGUAGUCUUCGCAUGGCCAGCCUUCACCAUAACCUUAUUCCAAUCUCAGAACACCACGUUAUCAAGGCCUAUGACGGACACAGAAAUAUCAUUGCUUGGCAGCUUGUCUUCGAUAGGAGCGCUGAUCAGCACGCCAACGGCUGGCUAUAUGCUGGAGAAGUUGGGCAGAAAGUAUUGCUCCGUUAUGAAUUCUUUGGGGUUGCUUCUCGUCUGGGUCAUAUUAGCCUGCACGAAAAACGUAGAAACAGUCCUAGCCGCCGUCUUCCUCUCUGGCAUAGCCAGUUCUGUGUUCCUGGUAGCCACGGUCUACAUCAGCGAGAUCUGCCAAGACUCCAUCAGAGGCAGCAUGACGGCUUGUAACAUGAUCUCCUAUGGUUUGGGCAUGCUGCUCUCCUAUUUACUAGGAGGCAUCUUGGAGUACCAUGUCAUGUUAUACGUCGGGGUUACGAUGGGAGCUCUGGGGACUUGCUUGCUGUUUGUGCUGAAGGAAACCCCGAUACAUUUGAUGAGUAAAGGGAAGGAAAAGGAAGCAGCAGAGUCGUUAGCUUUCUACAGAAUGUGGAAAUUAGACUCAAAAGAGCUUUUAGAAGAAAUAAACAACAUGAAGCGAGCUUUGAACCCAGACCUUAGUGAUGACACGCCAGAGGAAGAGAAAUUACAACCUGAAAUGAAAUCUGCUGAAAAAUUAUCACUAUGGCAGUUUAUUAAAAAAUCAAAGUCUUCUCGGCGAGCAUUCUUCGUGAGCUUAGUAGUAAUGACAGCAGCCAUCUUCCAAGGAUUAAUCGUAGUACAAAUGUAUGCUGAACCUCUGUUCGUGGAAGCAGUGCCCACUGCCUCUCCAUCAUUGUGCAGCGUCAUGUUGGCAGUAGCUACGGUAGUAGCUGGCAUCGUUGCUGCAUACCUCACUGACCGGCUUGGGAGACGGCCCCUCAUGAUCUACGCAUCCCUAGGCAGCGGCAUCAGCUGCGUGCUACUAGGAACGCAGAUGCAAUUCCACUGGGGUCCCAGUUGGGUGGCAGCAGUGUUUAUGUACCUGUUCGCUAUAAUGUACACUUGUGGAGCCGGGACUGUACCUUUUGUGUUACUAGCUGAAUUGUUUUUGCCUGAGGUAAAAAGCUUAUUCUCCAUGGUCCUAGUAGAAUACGUGUGGCUGUGCAACUUCGUGAUCCUAUUCAUCUUCAACCCGCUGCUGAAGGCGGUCGGCUGGGGCCCAGUGUUCUACAUCUUCGCCAUCAUCUGCUUCCUCAGUUCUAGCUUCUGUGUGUUCUUCUUGCCGGAGACCAAAGGCUUGGAUGUUGAGGCCAUACAGGUGCUGUUCACUUCGAAGAGAAAGAGUAGGAGUGUUCGGAGUGUAUGUUAGGUUAGGGUUAAUAAAUUAUUGGUCAUUUUUAAGGAU